AUAAAUUAUUUUAAAUAAGUCAAAUAUUCAAUAUUCGGACCUGCGCUUCCAUAUAGUACAAGUAAUCAAAAGUCUAUGAAUAUACACUUUGUAUAAGCAAGUUACUCUCAAAUAAAUGGAAUUAUUAAAACAGUCGAUAUUUCAAGCAAUUGACGAGGAAUCUGAAGAACUUGAAGAACUGAGCAAAGAGAUAUGGCAAAAACCGGAACUUAACUUUGAGGAACAUUAUGCACACGAAAAACUUACCAAUUUCCUUGAAAGUAAAGGUUUCAACGUUACACAGAAAUUUGUUUUAGAGACUGGAUUUAAAGCUGAGGUAGGCACCGGCAAAAAUCAACCAAAUAUUGCUAUAAUUUGUGAGUAUGAUGCGUUACCGGAGAUCGGACAUGCAUGUGGACAUAACUUGAUUGCUGAAGCUGGUGUUGCUGCUGGUCUUGGAAUAAAAGCAGCAAUGGAGAAAAUGGAAAAACCAUGUGGCAGGAUAACUGUUUUGGGUACCCCUGCAGAGGAAGGAGGGGGAGGGAAAAUUGACAUGAUCAAAGCUGGUGUCUUUGAUGAUAUUGAUGUAGCAAUGAUGGUUCACCCUUCUCCAAAAACUAGCUCUCAUGUUUCCCUGACAGCGAUUGACAGGGUAACAGUUAAGUACAUUGGGAAAGCAGCACAUGCUGCAGUCUAUCCAUGGAAUGGAGUUAACGCCCUUGAUGCGGCGGUAUUGUGCUACCAGACGGUGUCCUGUCUAAGGCAACAGAUGAAGCCUACAUGGAGAGUCCAUGGAAUAAUAAAAAAUGGUGGAAUCAAGUCAAAUAUUAUACCAGAUUUGUCUGAACUUGAAUACUCGUACAGAGCACCAAACAAACAAGAACUAGACCAACUAAAAGUCAAAAUGAGAUCCUGUUUUGACUCAGCAGCCACAGGCACUGGAUGUCAGGUGUCAUAUGAUUUUUCAAGCAAGCCUUAUUUGAAUUUGGUCAGUAAUUAUCGAAUGGCAGACGCCUUUAGGAGUAAUGCAGAAUCUCUUGGUGUAACAUUUGACGCAAAAGAAGACGAAAUAGGAGGUUCAUCGGAUAUGGGGAAUGUUUCACAAAUUGUUCCAAGUAUUCAUCCACUUUAUAACAUUGAUACGAUUCAUGGAAAUCAUACCAAAGAUUUUACCACUGCUUCAGGUGAUCCAAAAGCUCAGUUGCAUACUCUGAAUCAAGCUAAAGCUAUGGCACUAACCUGUCUUGAUAUUCUAACAGAUGAAAACUUAUUAAAAGAAAUAAGGGAUGAAUUUGCAGUAUUCAAACAAAAUUCACAAUGAAUCAGUGGUUACAAAAUAAAAUCUCAAAACCUUACAGAUUUAUGUACACAGAUGCAUUUGCUUGAUUUUGAUAACUUUUUAAGUCAAAUGUUAAAAUUUGCUUUCAUGUAAUGAGUUAAAAAGACUUAUUGGUUGUACUUACAGUAAUAAUUUUGUCUCAGAAAA